GUAUUGUAAAAAUGAGCAACUUACAAAUUCCAACGAAUAGUGGAGAGCGACAAGGUUCUUUACUUGACACAAUUAAAACCUUUAACUUGGAUAAUAUACAACAUGAUAUACGUCGUAACUUUGCGCAAGUAGAUCCGAGGUUACCCAAAGAAAUAAAGAAUAUUGCACUUUUAGUUACGGAAGAAAAAAACGUAUUGACAAGUUUACAACAUGUUUCAGCGGAAAGAAAAGAAGCAAGUAAACUUCUUCAUGUGUGGGGAAAAGAUGUUGGAGACGACAUUUCCGAUAUUACUGAGAAGUUAGCUGACUUAUUUUCAAAAAUUGCAGAUGUUGAAAUCGUGAUGAUUGAAAAAGCUGGACAUUACC